UCUUACCAAAGCGCAAAAACGACAAGCUCCUCUCAACGAGAGAAAAAUCCCAUGUCUUCUUCCUCGGCGGUUGACACUUCCCCUUUAAUACAACUUCGAUUUGGGUUUUGCCUUUGCAUUUCUUCUGCCAACUCUGCGGGAACGACCGGAAGAUGAUGGCGACGACUUUAUCCCCGGCAGCAUUUGCAAUCUCGGCCUUGUCUUCUUCGCCGUUAAAAGCGAAGCGACAUAAUAAUUCGGCUUCCUUUUACUCGCAAACCCCUUUCCGUUACAAUCCCCUUUCUGCACGUCCAUCGAUUCCCAGGAAGGCGAGUUGGGUCCGAGCGACUGUUUUGCAAGAUCAAGAGGAGAAGGUGGUAGUGGAGGAGUCAUUCCCGGCGAAGACUUCUGCUGAUGAUGGGGGAAAAGGAGGUGGCAAUGAACCACCAGAAAGUUCAUCGCUGGAGAGCUGGGUUAUCAAGUUGGAACAAUCUGUGAAUAUCUUUCUCACGGAUUCUGUGAUUAAGGUACUUGAUACCUUUUACCAUGAUCGACAUUAUGCAAGGUUCUUCGUACUGGAAACUAUUGCAAGGGUUCCUUAUUUUGCCUUUAUAUCUGUUCUACACUUGUAUGAGAGUUUUGGUUGGUGGAGAAAAGCAGAUUACUUGAAAGUGCAUUUUGCUGAGAGCUGGAAUGAGAUGCACCACUUGCUUAUUAUGGAAGAAUUGGGGGGAGAUGCUUGGUGGGUUGACCGGUUUCUUGCUCAGCAUAUUGCAGUUGCAUAUUAUUUCAUGAUAGUGUUUAUGUAUGCAUUAAGCCCAAGAAUGGCAUAUCACUUUUCUGAAUGCGUAGAAAUUCAUGCAUAUGAAACAUACGACAAAUUUAUCAAGGCCAAAGGAGAGGAGCUGAAAACAUCACCUGCACCUGAGGUUGCUGUAAAAUACUACACUGGAGGUGACUUGUACAUGUUUGAUGAAUUCCAAACAUCCAGGGUUCCCAAUACUCGAAGGCCUAAAAUAGAAAAUUUGUACGAUGUUUUCAUAAACAUUAGAGAUGAUGAAGCUGAACAUUGUAAGACGAUGAAGGCCUGUCAGACUCAUGGGAACCUUCGAUCCCCUCACUCGUAUGCAGAGGAUGCCUCUGAAGAUGACUCUGCCUGCGUCCCUCCUCAAACAGAUUGUCAAGGCAUUGUAGAUGGUAUAAAGAAAUCCGUCACAUCACCUCCAGUAAAGCAGGAUAUAUGAAAUAGAUACAAACGGAAAAUUAGCUAGAAUCCAAGAAUAGGGAUAGAAAUUGUAUACAAAAUCAAUAUAUAGAUGGCAUAGAUGAUGUCUUUGGUUGUUCAAGGAUUUUCCUUUUUGUUUACUUAUUAUUUUCCCUGUUUCAGACGGUAUUCACUAAUGUCAAAACAUAUUGCAAAAAGUUGACAACUCA